AUGUUUAAUCUAGGCGUGCAGAUCAUCAACGGUCAAAAGACCUUUAUACCACUAGAAAACAACCCAGAAGUCCACAGACAUCUAUGUAAGAACCUCGGAGUAUCCCCGAGUCUCACCUUUCAUGAUAUCCUCUCCACCACCCCAGAAAUGCUCUCCUGGAUCCCACGACCUGUAAACGCCCUCAUCCUCCUCUGCGACAAACCCAUCUACCUCGCCGCGCGGUCCAGCGUCGAACACAGCAUACCCGAGUAUCUCGGUAGCGGGGCCGACGAACCCGUGUUGUGGAUGAAACAGACGAUUGGACAUGCGUGUGGGCUGAUGGCAUUACUGCAUGUGGUGGUCAAUUUGGAGAAUGGGAAAUAUGUCACGGCUGGAUCGGAGCUGGAGAAGAUUGUCAAGUUGGCGGUUGAGCUGGGACCGGUGGAGAGGGCGCGACUCUUGUAUGAUUCGAGGUUUUUGGAAGAGGCGCAUAUGGAUGCGGCAUCGGAAGGAUGUUCAAUUGUACCGUUGCCUCAGGAGGAAUGUGGAUUUCAUUUUAUUGCAUUUGUUAAGAAAGAUGGAAAGGUGUGGGAGUUGAAUGGAGGUAUGAAUGGACCAUUAUUGCGCGGUGAAUUGGAAGGAGACCUGUUAGGCGAGGAAGGCUUGGAUCUGACGAAUUGGACAUCGUACACUACAAUGACCACAAUUCUCAUCACGGGUGCCACUGGCAAACAAGGAGGUGCUGUGAUCAAGAGCCUUCUAGAGAAAAGUGGCCCCGUCAACAUCCUGGCCGUGACCCGUGAUACCAAUUCCACUGCAGCGAAGAAUCUCGCCCAAAGUUCUGCCAAUAUCACAUUGAUUCAAGGCAACCUCGAUGACCCGGCGGCCAUCUUUGAGAAUGUAAAGCGUCAAUCUGCAACCCCGGUUUGGGGCGUGUUCAGUGUCCAAACCGCCAAUCCCAGAAACGACGAUGAAAGACGUCAAGGAAUCGCUCUUAUAGACGAGUCCAUCAAACAAGGCGUCAGGUACUUCGUAUACAGCUCCGUCGACCGCGGCGGCGAGAAAUCAGACCAAAACCCAACUCCAGUCCCACAUUUCAUUUUCAAACACGAGAUCGAGAAGCAUCUGAAAGAAAAAGCAAAGGGGACCGAGAUGAACUGGACAAUUCUUCGUCCCGUUGCCUUUUUGAUAACUUCACCCCGGAUUACUUCGGAAGAUGAUAUUGGGUUCUUUGCGGCGGCCGCAUUCAUGAACCCCGAGGCGUCGAAGAAUCAUGCUUUCUCGCUUGCCGGAGAUGAAUUGACCUUUGAUCACAUGUCGGAAAUCUUCAAGAACUCGACUGGCAAGAAUGUACCUACCACUUAUAGGAUUCCAGUUUGGUUGAUGCUGGGUCUUGUCAAGGAGCUGGGAUUUAUGUUCAGAUGGUUUCAUGAUGAGGGCUUUGGUGCGGAUAUUCCGGCUUUGAGACGGCUGCAUCCUAAGUUGAAGACCUUUGAGGAUUGGUUAAAGGAGGACAGCCAAUUCGAGACACGGGAGGCUUGA